UGUACAGUACGGCUUUAAAAUGAAAUAAUUGUUACUUAGUACUGCUCCCACCCCUAAACUGCCCAGUUUAUUAGCACAAAUUGGAGUAAGGGGCCGACUCUUUUCUUACUUGCAACGAGUUUUGUGAAUUACAGCCAACAAACCCCUCCCAUCAUGAGUUCACUUCUCUGAGUCAGAUCUUCACAUUUUAAGCACAGAAGAACCUAAAGUGGGCUGUAUUAUUGAAGAGAAAGAGCGGAGCAGUUCUUGUUUAGAAAGGGAACAAAUACAAGUUGUUUCUAAAAGCAGAAAGCUUUCGUUGUGUGUGUUUAUUGUCAUUUCAAUAUCUGAAAGCUGUAUUUUUCUUUUUCUGUCCACUGGAUAAUAUAAUACAGUUCGAGUCAUGGCUAGAAUCACCUGUUGUAGCCAAAAAACUGCCCACCGGACUCUGGUUCUGUUAUGGAAAUCGUUUGUGUCUAUGGCCCUGGUACUGGUAGUUCCAUUUUCGGACGGGUUUAAUUUGGACGUGGAUAAUCCUACCCAUUUUCGGGGUUCUCCGGACUCAUUCUUUGGUUAUUCGGUGGACUUUUACCUACCUGGUCAUGUAGGGGUUGGUCUUCUGAUUGGCGCCCCAAAAGAUAAUACCUCCCAGCCAGACAUCUUUGAAGGUGGUGCAGUGCAUUACUGUUCUUGGAGCCAAAAUAGUAAUCUAAAUGAGAGCAGCUGCCAGCAGAUCAAAUUCAACUCAUCAGGAAACCGUGUUACCCUAGAAUCUGGUAAUAGUACAGAGAAAGAAAUAAUGGAAUCAAAAUCAUCCCAGUGGUUUGGUGCCUCUGUACGCUCCCACAAGGAUACUAUCUUGGCCUGUGCCCCUUUGUACAGCUGGCGAACUCAUAGCAAAAAUAUUGAUCCUGUGGGGACUUGCUAUCUGUCUGUGAAAAACUUCAGUAAAAUAGUGGAGUAUUCACCUUGUCGCUCAGAUAUUGGCACACCUGAAGGCCAAGGAUUCUGCCAAGGAGGAUUCAGUGCUGCUUUUUCCAAGAAUGGUACAGUGGUUCUUGGUGGGCCAGGAAGUUAUUACUGGCAAGGUCAGGUGAUCACAGCCAGUCCAGAGCAGAUUGUGAAUGGCUAUUACCCAGACUACUUCAUUCUACCUAUCUAUGGACAGAUGAUGACACGCCAGGCUGGUACCAGCUAUGAUGAUAGUUAUCUUGGUUACUCUGUUGCUGUUGGAGAAUUUAAUGGGGACUCUGUUGAAGAUAUUGUUGCUGGUGUUCCAAGAGGAAAACUGACUUACGGAUAUGCGACUAUACUGAAUGGAACAAAUCUUGAAUCCAUAUACAAUUUCACUGGAGAACAGAUGGCGUCAUAUUUUGGAUAUGCAGUUGCAGCAACAGAUCUUAAUAAUGAUGGUUUGGAUGAUCUACUGGUUGGUGCCCCAAUGUAUAUGGAGAAGACAAUGGAUGGUCGAUUGCAGGAAGUGGGCAGGGUAUACAUUUACCUGCAAAACAGCUGGCAGGAUGGCAAUGCCACAGUGACCCUAACUGGCAAUGAAGAGUUUGGGCGUUUUGGGUCCUCCAUUUCACCUUUGGGGGAUUUGGACCAGGACGGAUAUAAUGAUGUUGCAAUAAGUACCCCUUUUGGUGGAGAGGAUCGGCAAGGCAUUGUGUCAAUCUAUAAUGGGAAAAGUGGUGGGCUAAGAGAUAAGCCCUCUCAGAUCCUUCGAGGGCAGUGGGCCAGAGGCAGACUGCCUGCCUGUUUUGGAUUUGCCAUGCGUGGAAACAGAGACAUUGACAGAAAUGGCUACCCAGAUCUCAUUGUUGGAGCUUUUGGAGCGGAUGCAGCCACUCUGUACAGAAGUCGUCCUAUUGUCUAUGCCAGUGCUUCCUUGACCAUCAGUCCAUCUAUGGUCAACCCUGAGGAGAAGGCUUGCUUGAUUAAGGGCACAGAGCUCCAUGUAUCCUGCUUCAACCUUAGCUUCUGUCUGAAUGCUUCUGGAAAACAUGUACCACAUUCUAUUGGUUUCCAAGUGGAGUUGCAGCUAGACUCGAUGAAACAAAAAGGGGCAGUGAAGCGGGCCUUAUUCUUGGAUUCUAGGCAGGCCCAGCGUUUGGAGACCAUUCACUUCAAAAAUUCAGCAGGAGAAAUGUGUCAUGAUUUGAAAGUGUACCUUAGAGAAGAAUCAGAAUUCCGUGACAAACUGUCUCAGAUCCAUAUUGCAAUGAACUUUAGUCUGGAUCCGCAGGCUCCUGCUGAUAAGCAUGGAAUGCAUCCUAUCCUAAACUACCAAACUAAAAAUGUCUUGGAGCAAAAGGCUCAGAUUUUGCUGGGAUGUGGAGAGGAUAACAUCUGUGUUCCAGACCUUAAAAUUCAUGUUUCUGGACAUGAUAAAGUGUACCAUGGAGAUGACAAUGCCAUCGCACUCCUAUUUGAUGCAAAGAAUGAUGGGGAAGGCGGAGCUUAUGAAGCGGAGCUGUACGUUACCCUUCCACCAGAGGCUGAAUACAGUGGAAUUGUGCGCGACAGUGAGCAACUUUCCAUACUCCAGUGUGCCUAUGAGACUGAGAACCAAACACGACUGGUUAUUUGUGACCUUGGGAAUCCAAUGAAGGCAGGAACUCAGGUGUCUGGUGGCUUGAGAUUUACAGUACCCCAUCUCCGUAAUGGCAAGGACACUGUAAAGUUCGAAUUUCAGAUUCGCAGUAAGAACCAGAACAACUCUCAGAGUGCGAUUGUGGAAUAUGACUUGCAGGUAGUCGUCAAAUCCCAAGUUCUCAUUCGUGGUGUCUCGCGGCCAGAGCGUAUUGAAAUCCCAUUGCAUCAGAAACUCAUAAAAAAUCCUGUGAAGGAACAAGACAUUGGUCCAGAGUUGCAGCAUAUUUAUGAGUUAGGAAAUGAAGGACCCAGUUCAAUUAGCCAGACUGUUCUGGAGCUGAGUUGUCCUCUGAAAUUCCAAGGCUCAGACCUGCUGUACCCCAUAGAAUACAUAACACAAGGUCCCAUAAACUGCACAUCCAACACCCCAGUCAAUCCUCAACAUUUCAAGACAAGUCACCGUCCAACAGCAGAUACUCCAACUCUUCGCUCCCAAGUCGACCACCAUGUUCAGAAACGAGAUGCCCAUGAAGAGCACGAAGAGCACUCUGAAGAAGAAAUGCUGAGCUGCCCCAAGAUGGAGUGUUUGAAAUUACGGUGUACUGUGGGUUUACUGGAGAGGAGAAGCAGUGUAAUUCUUAAAGUUCGUUCUAGAAUUUGGAUGGCAACUUUCUUGCAGGAGGAGUCCCCAGGUAAUAAAUUACUGCAGUGUAAAGCAGAGUAUAAAGUGCAGAAUAUGCCAUAUUCCCUCCAACCUGAAGAAUAUCCACAUGGAGAAAUCCAGGUGGUUACAACUAUAGCACGUGCCAAAUCGGAGAAAGCUUAUGCUGUUCCUCUGUGGAUCAUUAUUUUGGCUGUGUUAGCAGGUCUUCUGCUACUUGCCCUUUUGGUGUAUGCUUUGUAUAAAGUGGGCUUCUUUAAGAGGACAAUGCCUUAUGGGACUGCAAUGGAAAAAGCACAGCUAAAACCUCAGGCUGCAUCUGAAGCAUAAAUUCCUACUGAACACCUGGAGGCCUCCAAACACAAUAAAGCUGAAUAAAAGAAAAAAAAAAAACACAAAAAAAUACACUGCAUGAAGAAGCUGAGGAACAAUUGAACUCUUGCUCUCCUGUCACUCUUACUGUGCAUGUACCAUAACCUUCAGCUUUAGGAAGGGCAUGUGGACAAGUUUGUGCUCGUCCUCUUGUUUUCUGUGAUCUCCAAGUGUGCAGCAGAUCUGCUGCACUUCAGUUGUUCCAGCAGCUCGGUUCAUGUAUUGUCGAGAACAGUUUGCUUCCGGUGGUGCCUUCUAUUUCUUUUUAAACCUUCAUCAGGGUUUAGAGGGUUAUUCCCUCUAGGAAAUGAUUGGAGACUUUGGUGCCCAGUUUUAAUGCUGAGGUGUGAGUACAUACUUGAAAAACGUUUGGAGACCCUAUAACAGACUUUACAGGCAUUCAGCGGUGUCAGUUUAGGUUUAGGUCCUAGUUUUGGCACGGAUGGAAUUUUUAUUUGUGUUCCAAGUGUUGGGCCUAAGUGGGCCUAAGUGUGGUCAGAUUGCCGCACUGUCUAUGUAGGAUAAUUAAAUAUGCCUGUCUGAUCUGUAUUGACAGUUUUGGUUUAUCAGCUGUAGUUGUUUAAUAGAUGUCCUUAACCACCGUUCCUUUUAAGUCAUGAGAUUUCCAGAGGAAAACAUGGAAGUAAGAGUCCAAGUGCCAAGACUGAAAGAAUGAAGUGGUGAUUCUGACUUGGAGGUGACAGUGGUCUACAUUUUAAAGCUAUCAUAUAAUGAAGGUGGUCUCAUUUUGGGCACAUAGCUGGGUGCAAAAGAAUGUCUCCUGGAAAGAUAAGUGCUUUGACUUCUUUGCAAGAAGCAUUUCAAUUUGUUGUUCAGUGAUGGGGAAAAACAAAAUCUCAGCACAAGGAGAUGUCUGUGGUUAUGUACUCUUCUGUUUGCUAUGGGCAGAAAAAAGCAAGAAUAAAUGCCCAGGAUCUCUCUGAUAAAAAGAUUUUGCUCCACAUGUACACAUGCACCUCAAGCAUAGUCUGCUCUGGUUGGCUUGUGGACAGCCAGUGCUGCAAAAAUCAUGUUCUCCAUGAAGAAGAUGCCAAUUGACCUUAAUUCCAUUGUAACUGAAAUGAGCAGCUGCAGAUAUGUGAUUUUGUAGCUGAACUGAAUAACCAUCUCGGGGGGGGGGGGGGGUCUGCCGUCCACCUGGAGUGGAGCAUUCCUGCCAAACUAGACGUCUUUCAUGAUGGCCACAAUUAGAAGGUUAAAGAUAGAAAGCCCAAGGAUAAUUGUCAGCAAAACUGUCCAGCAACAGUUGAGUUCAUAUCAUUCAGCACUGAUUCUGAUUUUUUAAAAAUGCCACUUUAAAAGUUCAUAUCCUGAUGUUUUUAAAUGUCUAUUGAGAUUUGAUAUUAAUUUAAACUGUGUGUAAGUGCAAUAUAUUUUGUACCUGAUUUUUAUUCUUUGGUUUAAUGUAUAGGUUCAGGACUGACCCAUAUGAUGUUCUUUUAAGUACUGCUGUAUUUGAGGAGAGGAUUGUGGUUGGCAUGGAAUAUCGUUAACAGCAGUCCUCUAAUCUGUUCUGUUAGGAAUUAUAACAGAAGCUGUCUCCUUACAUAUGCUUAACUGAUUUUUUUAUUUUAGGACUGCACUAAAUCUAGAUAAAAGUAUAUAAAAAAAUUUUUGAGGGCUCAUCUCCCCUCAUCUGUCAGUAAGGUUUAGGUUGUAUUAUGGACUGCUUUGGGGCACUGGUUCCAUUUUAUUUGCAGAAUUUGGAAGCAGUGCAGAUUGGAUUAAGUUUCUGAAAUAUUUGAAAUGGAAGUAUACAAGACAAAUAUGCACUAAUCUUGUUGAAGUAUGUUUGUGUGUGGGGCAGACCAGAGACAGCAUUGAUUAUAGGAACUAAAGGCAAAAUGUAUCCUGCUGAGAUUUUAAUAAGCCAUAAUCCCCAUUUCAACUGCAAUUGCAGCUAGCUGUUGAUGCAUUUACCCAGGGUCUUUUCUGUAGCAUUUGGCUAAUAAUUGCAGUAUAGUGUUGAUACCGGACUCUUCUGCCUAAAUGUGUUUCUAAGCCUUUGCUUGGGACUGCAAUUUUAAGGAUGUGUCUGUAUGCACUCCUAUUAUAUUCAUCUGAUACAAUGGAAUGUAGAAACAGGAAGAAACCAUGCUAGGCUGUGUCUAUCAGUUCCUGCUGUGUACAAGGUUAUUGUACACCAAGUAUUAAAAAAAAAAAUGCAGCAUUUAAAAUUAGUCUGAACAUAGCAGUGUGAUAAAGGUUUUUCUAAAGUAGGUGGAGCCUUCUAACGUGUUCAUAGUAUUUGCUGUCUUGUUCUCUUUUGAAGCCUGCCCUGUUCUCAUCCUUUCUGAUGAGGCUGUCCUGGACUGAGUCACUGGGAGUAACUGCAAGAAAAAAAAAUUCAAUCUAACAUGACGCAAGACAUUUUUGCAUGGCAGUAAGCCCUCUUGCCAAUGUUGGAGGCUUCACAUCCCCUUAUUUAAAUAUACUAACUGCAUGGUUGCUGUAUCAGUGGGAAGAGAGAACCUCUGCAAUAGUAAACAAAUACUUAUAUAAACCUCAGUGUUUCACUAUUUCACUGUGAAGAUAUAAAAAUGUAAACGAUCUGGACUGUUCUGUUAAGGAUGAUUGACUGGGGAAAUUAUAUCUGAUUUUUUCAUCAAACAGAAGAUUUCUCCUUUUCCGGAGCUUUUUCAUCACCGUAGCCUUUCUUUUGGAUAUAUUCCGUGACUAUCGCCAAAUCACUAACCCUUUUAUGGUAUGCAAUUCAUUGUAUAGAGAGUGCUGCAUGCUCAGAGUUACUAGUCCCUUCAGUACAGGUGUGAUAUAGUCAGCAAAUAAGGGUGGUGUUUGUCGUACCAGUCUUACUAAUAGAAUAACUAUCUGAUGCCUUGUGAUGUGCCUUCAGUGACAGCUGCCACAUUAAUGGAUAUUGCUGUUUCAGAUUUGUAUAACUGACCUACUGUAUACAAGAAUUUUAAAUCUGAAAAUAAAAUGAAGCCGAGCAAGUCAGAUUGAGUCAAGAUACUGUCCAGCAGUUUUUAAGGACCAUGUCUCUGCUGCAUGCCACUUGGUCUAUAUUUCCAUCUGUAUAGGGAUUUAGUUAAUGAAAUCGCGCAUCUCAAUUUUUGUAUAUAUUUUUUUUAUAUAUUUAUGAUCUCCAAUCCAUCAAGCCUUUACCUCACUACAGUCAUGCUCACUUAUUUCUCUACUGAGUGGGAUGAGAACCACUCAGUGGGGAAGGCUGUCAUUCUGGCAGCCAUUGUUGGGUUUUCUUUUUU